AUGCUUAAAUCUGUCAGAACAAUACUUGUGUACAAUAGUGAAGCAGUUGAAAAGACAGAAAUCAUUGAACUACUAGUAUCCGAUAAAGACAUUGUUGUAACCGGAAAAAAUGGGCCAGUUCAAGCUCAAGUGGAGCCAUUUUUUGAUCAAGUCAAGGGCGAAUUUACAGAAGAUUUUUUGGUACUGAAUACACACUUUUGUUUUGAUCCACAAAUUCUGAGCCCUCUCUCAUUCACAUAUAUAGCACUUCGAAAAGGUUCUCACCCAACAACAAAACUUAUUCAAAUUCUGGUACCAGUUAAUCCUUCAAAUAUUCCAGAGCUGAUUUCAAAACAUUUUCAUAUUAAAACUGUAGAAAACGAUGAAUAUUCACUUCGUACAGCGCGAAUAUCAGUGAAAUUGAACAGUAAAAAUGGUUUAUUAGAAGUAAUCCUUCUAAAUUUUGAUUUACAUAAAGCAGGAAGCGAAUCUAUAAAUUCAGUGAAUUCAAGCAGCACUGAACAAAUGAAAUGUAGACAACAGUUCGAAUAUUAUAAAAGCAUGUCAAGUGGUGCAUAUGUUAUGAGACUUCAUGAGGCAAAGGUCAGCAUUUAUGAGAAUUAUCGUAAAAAAAACGAAAAUCGCUUGCACAUGAAGCUUUAUAUUGAUAUGCAAGACUUGGUAAAUAAACAGUUAACCACACGAUUUGAUACAGACUUAGAAUCAGAUGGAAUUGAAUAUUUCACUGAUAAUAAUGGUUUACAACUAAUAAAAAGAAGAGAAUAUGUAGAGGAAGAGAGACCAGAAUCUAAUUACUAUCCGAUGUCAACAGCGUUAGUAUUGCAAGAUAAGUCAAAAAGACUUUCAAUUCUCAGUGAUACUCCUCAUGGAGUGCGAAAAUUCAACAAAAUAAGCUUCGAAAUAAUGCUAGAUCGCCAUCUGGUAGAAGAUGACGGAAAAGGUCUAGGUUUCGCAGAUGAUGGCAUACCAACAGAUAAUCUACCGGUCAAUAUGGAAUUUACAUUUGUUCUUGAAGAACUUUCGCCCAAUAAGAAACAGGUUUGUAUCACUGAGUUAAGAUCUUCGGUUUAUCAAGUCACUUUUACUAUAGACAGUAUUGACCGAUCGAAACGAGAACUUCUGGUGAAUCCAGUAAGUCCAUUUUCGAGUCCAACUUCGUUUCCAUGCGAUGUUCAACUUAUUUCCUUACGGCCCUUGGCAAGCAAAAUGAAUCUCCGACUCAUGAUACUGUACAAAGCAGGGCUCGAUUGUUCCACUUCACAUUAUCCUGCUUGUUCAGCAGAUGAACUUCAUGUAACAUUUUCCGAAUAUCUUCUUUUUUGGUUCGGGCAUAGUUGUGAAAAAGGAGUAAAAAGUUAUCUGGAAUCAAUUGGAGCAUCAAGCAUACAGAAAACUAUGCUAAAUGGAGUUGAAAAAAUCGGGAAAGAAAUGCACUACGUAAACGAAACGUUCAACUUGAAACCAAUGGAAUUCGCAGCAUACCUUAUCAAAUUCAAUUCACUUUUGUGA